UGGAAAGAAAGGACUUGCCACCAACCUGGGCUUCUAGGGACCUUUCUCUCGACUGGGAAGGAUUUUGAUGUUAAUUGGAAAUACCUCCAGAAGAUUCAAGAAGCUGUGAAAUAAGUCUGUGAAGGACCAGCAUGGGAAUCCUAUACUCUGAGCCCAUCUGCCAGGCGGCCUAUCAGAAUAACUUGGGUCAAGUGUGGCACUGGGUGAGGGAAGACGGCAACUGUAUCAACGUUCAAGAUGGCUUUAAUGGAGACACCCCCCUGAUCAGCGCUUGCAGGCGAGGGCACCUGAGAAUCGUUUCCUUCCUUCUGAGAAGAAACGCUGAUGUGAACCUCAAAAACCAGAAACAGAGAACCUGCUUGCAUUAUGCUGUGAAGAAAAGAUUUACCUUCUUUGAUUAUCUACUCAUUAUCCUCUUAAUGCCUGUCCUGCUUAUUGGCUAUUUCCUCAUGGUAUCAAAGACAAAGCAGAAUGAGUCUCUUGUACGAAUGCUACUUAACGCUGGUGCAGAAGUUAAUGCUAUAGAUUGUUAUGGCUGCACUGCGCUACAUUAUGCCUGCAAAAUGAAAAACCAGACUCUCAUUCCUCUGCUCCUUGAAGCCCAUGCAGACCCCAUGAUAAAGAAUAAGCAUGGUGAGAGUUCCCUGGAUAUUGCACGGAGAUUAAAAUUUUCCCAGAUUGAAUUACUGCUAAGGAAAGCAACAUAAUCGUUAUGACCUCAUAGGAAGAAGUACAAAAAGGACUGGAUUCUAUUUCCAUCUUGGACUGUUGGUCUGUAGACCACUCAGUCUGGAGGUCACCAUGGUAUGAGGAUAACUAUGGUUGCCAUGGGUAAUGUUUUGGAAGAGCUUUGUAUUUCUAAUGUAUUUUUGCUCAGUGGAGUUCACUGUGGUCAAAAUCCUUCUAGCGGAAACACUAUAGCUGUCGGAUUCUCCACUUCAGUCAAAAAACGGUGAUGUUUCAAACUCAGUCUCCCCUGAAGGAGAGGAUCAGCGUUAUCCAUGUUAUCUGUUUUCAGUUGUGUUGCUCUUAUAAAGAAGCUGUCCCGUCCAUAUCGUGCCCCAGGACAAAAACUGUUCUUCUGAGGCUCCUUUGAGUAGUAAGAGGAAGAAUCAAAGCAUGCACAUUUGUAUAGAAUGGUGUGUGUAUGUGUGCCGGUUUAGAGAUUCGUAUAUAAAUAUUCCAGCUUCAACAAAAUCGUCUAUUAGUUGUCACCACAGAUAUUAGCAAAUGCUACAAGUCAGAGCCUUGUUUUCCUUUCCAAGGAGCCAGUGUACCAGCAUACCUCUAGAUGUUUUGCUAUCAAUUUACAAAUAAGAGC